AUGACUACGGAGGAUCAACACCCACAGGCGAGUCCGAAAUGUGAGACCGCCCCUGAGCUCGAUCCCAAAUACGACGACUACCUUGGAGACUUCCCAACGGUCGCCCACAUCGGCGAACCCCGCGAUGUCGAGAGGGGCUACGCUGGCCACCUCAACGAUAUGCAGAAGGCUCAGCUCUUCCAGCUCCGAUCCAUGCUGGAGGCUGAAGGACACACCGAGCGCUUAGACACUCUGACCAUGAAAAGCACUGACUCUUAUCCACGGUGGAGGUUCACCGAGUUCGAGAGCUGGCGGAAGAAGUCUCUCCUCGAUGCUCUGGUGCCCACCUGGGACUAUGACGAACGCGAGACAAUGUUGAAGUACUACCCUCAGUACUACCACAAGACCGACAAGGACGGCCGCCCUCUCUACAUCGAGCACCUGGGCGGGAUCAACCUCACCGCCAUGCGUACCAUCACCACUGACGAGCGCAUGCUGGACAACCUCUCGGUCGAGUACGAGAAGUGUGCCGACCCCCGUUUCCCUGCCUGCUCCCGCCAGGCUGGACAGCUCGUCGAGACCUGCUGCACCAUCAUGGACAUGAAGGGCGUCUCACUCGGCAAGGCCAGCCAGGUGUACGACUACAUCAACAAGGCCUCCGUUAUCUUGCAGAACUAUUAUCCCGAGCGCCUUGGGAAACUCUACAUCAUCAACGCCCCAUGGGGCUUUUCCACCGUCUGGAGCUUCGUCAAGGGCUGGCUCGACCCCGUCACCGUCAACAAGAUCCACAUCCUCGGCGGGGGCUACCAGAAGGAGCUACUUGCCCAGAUCCCCGCUGACAACUUGCCUGUCGAGUUCGGCGGUAAGUGCGUUUGCGCCGAGGGCUGCCAGAACAGCGACGCCGGCCCUUGGAGGGAUCCCCAGUGGAAGCAGGAUGCCUGGUGGGAGAAGAAAGAUACCAUCGAGAAGGCUAAUGUGGCGUUGAAAGGCACGGCGAAAGACCCUGUACUAAGAAACAAGAGUAGGUAG